AUGAAAAAAUUUGCAAAAAAGACACAAAGAGAUUAUACAAAAGAAAAUUCUAAAUUUUAUAAGAAAAAAGAAAAUGAGAACAAAAAUGAAUCUGAAAAAGGCAGAAAUUAUAACGAAUUACGCUAUACAGUAAAAUUAAGUGAUUCAGAAUAUAAUGACAGUGAUAGUAAUAUUAAUAAAGAGAAAAAAAAAGAUAAAAAAAAAAGUAAUACUAAAAGAAGAAGCUUAUCUUUACUUAUGCCUAAUUAUGAAAAAGAUGUUAUAGAUAAUAUAAAGCUAGCUGAUAAAUUAUAUAAAUUAUCAAUUGACAAAAAUAUAGAUGAAUUAAAUAAUAAAAAUUACAGAAGAUACAAAAAUUCAAAAAAUGCAAACAGGAAUUGGAGAAACAAAAAAAGUAAAAGUAGAAGAAGCUUAAGUUGUGAUAACAAUUAUAACUCUGAUACUAAUAGUACCCAAAAAAAUAAAAAUCUUGACAUAAAUAUUAAUGAAGUUCAAAUGAACUAUAAGAAUAAAAAAAUUAAAAUUAUUUAUGAUGAUGGAUACUCAAAAAGAAUUGUUGUUAAAAAAAAAAAAAAAAAAAAAAAGGAUGAAAAUGAAGAUAAAUACAAAUAUGAAUUUGAAAAUGAAAAUAAACAAGACGGAGAAUAUGAAGAAGAAGAAGAAGAAGAAGAUGAAGAAGAUGAAGAUGAAGAUGAAGAAGAAGAUGAUGAAGAUGAAGAAGAAGAUGAUGAAGAUGAAGAAGAAGAUGAUGAAGAAGAUGAUGAAGAAGAUAAUAAUUAUAAAGAAAAAAGUAAAUUUUAUAACAAAAAAUUUAAAAAGAAAAAAGAAAGAAUAAGUAAUCAAAUAAGAAAAAAUAGUACUAAAAAUAAGAUAAAAAAUAACUUCAAAACACCAAGUGAUAAUUACUAUAGUGAAAAAGAAAAAGAAAAUCUAAAAUAUUUAAAAAGAAAAAUGUCAGAAAGUAAAUUUAUAACUGAAAAAAAUAAAAAACAGUAUGAAGAGAUAAAUAUUGAUAAUAAAGUAGAUAAUAAUUAUAAGAAAAAAAUUAAAAAAGAGAAAAAGGAAAAUUAUAGUCCUAAUGAAAAAAAUAAGGAUGUUUUAAGUUAUAAAAAUAUUUCAUCAAAACAUAUGCAUAUCAAUAAUAAAUAUAGUUCAUACAUAAAAGAAAUAAUUUUUAAAAUACAUUUAAACUUAGAAAAUAUUAAAGAAUCUAUAAAAAAUAAGAAUGACUAUAUUACUACAUUAUUCGAAUCAUACUUCCAUAAAAUAAUAGAAAAUAUAAAAAAAAAUGAAAUAAAAAGAGAAAACUUUUAUAGAAUCAUUUUUCAUGAUUUAUUUAAUUUAUUAAAUGAGUUUAUUAUUGUUGAUGAUUACACCAAAAAAUUUUUUUUUAGUAUGGAAAGUAAUGUUAGACAGAAAUGCUUAGAAAAUAUUAAAAAUGAAUUUUAUAAUUUUAUAAAUAGGUUUUUACAUACAAAUGAUAAGAAUGUACCUAAUUCUAAGUAUAAUGAAUUGUGUUUUUCUGAUAAAUAUAAUAAUAACAUUAAUAAUAUACAUGAGAUGAGAAAAAAAAAUUUAUAUUCGGCAUUAACUUUUUUAAAUAAUAAUAAUGAAUAUAAUAUAAGAUCAGAAAAAAAUAAUUUUUCAAAUUUAAAUAAUAUGAAUAAUGAAAAUAUAAAAAGUGAUAUUUUAAAAAUUGAAGGAAUAAGUAAUGAUUUUGUUUUAAAGGUAAAAAAGUCAGGCAUACUUGAAAAUUCUAAUAAGCAGGAAGAUAUAUAUGAGUAUUUAAAAGAUAUUAUUAAAAAUGAAAAAGAAAAAAACAUUAAAUUAGAAAUGAAAUAUGAUGAACUAAAACAAAAAUAUUCUUUUUUAAAAAAGAAAAGAGAUGAAGAAAUUCUGAAAGAAAUUAAUAUAUCACACAAUAAUAUGGAUGAAAAUGACAAUUUUUUUAAAAAUGUUUACAGAAGUCAAUCAAUUAUUAAAUAUGAAGAAAAAAAAUUGGAAAAUUCAACAAAAAAAAUGGUUGAUGAAAAUAUAAAACUAAUGCAAAUUAAAGAAAUUAAUGAACAAAACAAAAAAGAAAUAGAAAAUGAAAUGAAUAAUAUAGAACUAAGAAAAAAAGAAAUUGAAUAUGAAAGUAACUUAAUACAAAAAAAAAAAAAAGACAUAGAAUAUGAAAACGAUUUAAUAAAAAAAAAAAAAACAGAAAUAGAAAAUGAAAAUGAUAUUUUAGAAAAAAAUAGAAAAGAAAUAGAAUGUGAAAAUGAUUUACUAAAAGAAAAAAAAAAAGAAGUAGCCAACGAAAAUGAUUUAUUAAAAGAAAAAAAAAAGGAGAUAGAUAAUGAAAAUGAUUUACUAAAAGAAAAAAAAAAAGAAAUAGAAAAAGAAAAUGACUUAUUAGAAGAAAGGAAAAGAGAGAUAGAAAAAGAAAAUAAUUUAAUGGAAGAAAAAAAAAAAGAAAUAGAAAAAGAAAAUGACUUAUUAGAAGAAAAAAAAAGAGAGAUAGAAAAAGAAAGUGAUUUACUAUUAGAAAAAAAAAAAGAAAUAGAGAAUAAUAAUAACUUAAUUGAGAAACAAUUAAAAGAAGUGGGGGAUAAAAAAAUUUUAAUGGAGAAGAUAAAGGCAGAAAUUGAAAAAGAUGAAAAUAUUAUACAAGAAAAAAAAAAAGCGAUUGAAAUGGGAAAUAAUUUAUUGGAAAAAAAUAAAGAUGAUAUAGAAAAUGAAUAUGAAUUUUUAAGAAAAGAAAAGAUUGAAAUAGAAUAUGAAUAUAAUUCAAAUGACAGACAAUUAAGAGAAAUGAAAUAUAAAAAGGAUUUAGAAGAGAAAGAUGAAAAAAAAGAAAUAGAAUAUAAUCCAUUAAGACAAAAUAAAAGUCAAAUUGAAAAAGUUGCAUGUUUAAUAAAAGAAGGAAAUAAAAAAUCACUUGAAAAAAUUAAUGAAAUGGAUAAUUUCGAAAAUAAAGGAAUUAAAGAAACUACCAACAUAAAUAACCAGAACUCAGUUAAUUUAGAAAAUAAUGAAAUUAUAGAUUUUGAUUCUAAGUCAAUUCUUGAUAGUCUUUUGAUGAGAAAUAAAGAAAAUGAGGCAUAUUAUAAUAGUAUGAAUGUUUCAGUAAUAGAAAAAAAAAGUACUUUAUUAAAUUUAUUUAAUAAUGAUAUUUCAAUGAGGUGUCACACACAAAAAUGGGAUAACGAAUUUUUAAAUUUAAGCAAACAAAAAAAUUACAAAAAUUGUUCUCUUCAUGAUUUAAUAUCAAAAGACAAUGAACUUAAUAUGAAAGAAGACAAUAUCAUAAAGAUAAAAAAUGAAAUUUUAGAAAAAAAAGAAAAAGACUUAGAAAAUGAAAAAAAAAUAAUUAUAGAAAAAGAAAAAAAGUUUAAUGAUGAAAAGGAAAUAUUUUUAAGAGAAUUAAAAGAAUUAAAUAUAUUGAAAGAAGAAAUUUUACAUAAAAUCGAAAUGAUUAAACAUAGAGAAGAUGAGCUUAAGAAAAAGGAAGAAGAGUUAUAUAUUAAAGAAAUAUCUAUAUUAAAUAUGGAAAGAAGUUCACUAAAAAAAUUGAGCGAAUUUGAUUCGUGUUCAAAAAAAAAAGAUUGCUUGAAUAAUCUAGACAAUAUGCAUAGUUUUGAUCACAAUUCUUCAGAAAAUAUUGAAUUAUUAAAUGACAUUCUUCCAAAUGAUUUAUCAAAAAAAAAGAAAAUUGAUAUGGAAGAUAUAAACAUUUUAAGCAGUAAAAAAGAAAAGUAUAAUAAUAAAAAUUUUGAAUUAAAUAAUAAACAAGUUGAGGUAUUAUAUAAUGAAGAAUAUGGAAUAAAUAAAUCAGGACAAAAAACUAAUAAUUUUGAUUUUAAUAACAAUAAUUAUUCUUCAAAUAAAAUUUUUUUUAAAAAUAAUAUGGAAGAAAUGAAAGAAAAAUUAAAUAACAGUUUGAAAGAAAUAGAAAAAUAUAAAAAUUUAUUAAAAAGUAAAGAUUUUAAAAUAAAUUCAUUAAAAGCUAAAAUAGAAGAACAACACAAAAAAAAAAUUUCCAAAUCAAAUAUAAAUGAUUUAAAUAAUUCUGACAUUAAUUUUAAAUCAAAUAAUUCUAAUUACAAUAAAGAAGACACAAUUAAAGGUUCUCAAAAUGAAAAUAAUUAUUCUUUUUUAUCAAAUUGUUCAAAACAAAAAAGUGUAAUUUCCUCAUCAGAAAACAGUAAUUUUAAAGAGAAAGAAUUUUUGGACAACUUUAAUAUAAUAGAGAAGAAUUUAAAUAAGGAUGAAUUAAAUGAAAAUGUAAAAAUUAAAAACAUAAUUAGUAAUGAAUUAUUUACAGUAUAUAAAGAAAUAAGUAAUAUAAAAGAAGAAUAUAAUACAAAUGUGCUCAAAAAAAAUGAAUUUACUGGAAGUCUAUUACUUAAAUGUGAUAUAAGCAAUAAUUAUAAAAUGAUAGAAACUUAUUAUGAAAAUGAAUCAAAAAAAUUUCACACACUUAUUAAAGAAAAAGAAUGCUACAUUCAAGAACUUAAGAAUGCAUUGCAUGAAAAAAAAAUAAAAGAAAUAUCUUAUAAGAAGGUGCUUUUAAAAAUG